AUGGAUAGAGCAAGAGCACUGCAUGCAUAUAGAGGGCUCAUAAGAGCCAUUCUAAAAUAUGAAAGGCCGAGCAAGAUAAUCAAUUGGGGAAAUCUGCGAAAGGCAAUGCUAACAAAAUUGGAAUAUUCCAAGAAACAGAAUCCGAAAAGCUCGCAUGAGGACACCAACAGACAGUUAGAGAAGUGGAAAAGACUAGAUCCUGCAAAUGACAGAUCUUUGAAUUUGUUUAUAGCCGACUCUAAGUUACUACGUUCCAUCUUACAAAACGAUAUAAAGUGGGAGGAAAAAGUCGUCCAGAGACAAAACAUUGACGAGAUAUUCGAGCACUCCUUUGACAUUAUUAAAUUCUUGGACAAUCAAAGAGAAUACGAGGAGCUGGUGGAUAGAUACAAUCCUGGUAAGAAAUUGACGCAGGAUGAGAAGGUGAAGAGAACCGCAAACGUGGUUGGACUGGAUGUUCCCACGUAG